AUGAGUCACCUGUCGACAGCCAGACGUGGGAGUGGGAGACGGACACGUCUGGUCAGUGGCCACAUUGUCACUGUCCAGUCGGACAAUCAAUACUUCCACCACGUGAUUGCUCCCAUGACUCGUGUGUUGGCCAGUCUCACCAUCCUCCUCGCACUGCUGUGUUGGCAUCUAGCCGAGGGUGGCAAAUUCCUUCACGACGUUUGCAUCUACGACAAACUUCGCUAUGAUGACAGUCGUGAUGCGUACUUCUUCUACACGAACCCGAAGCGUUCAGAGACGUUGGAUGUGGAGUUGACAAGGGAGGUGUUUGAGAAGGGCAGCUUGGAGGUGGAGCAAUUGAAGUGUCGGUUGCAGAAGCAUUUCAUUCGUGAGGAGCACAGAUUGUGGAUUCUGUGUUGCAAGUAA